AUGGAAAAUCAGAUUCAUUCUGAAUUAAUUGUGAAAGAAGAAGAGGAAGAAGAAAAAGAACAAAAGUGUAAUACUGCUACUACUGAAACUAAAAAUACUGUACGUGAUGGAGAAUCAACAAUUGGUAUCAGACCUAGACCUUUAAUUUGUAAACCAGAGAAUGUAAAUAUUGGGUGUAAAUCUGAACCUCUAGAAACUAAGUGGCAUUGGGCUCCAGGAGCAUGGCAAGAUGCUACAAGAACUAGUGCUUUUCAACCAUAUAAGCCUCCUACUUUACUUACUAAUUUACAAAGGGGUAACACACAAACAGAAAUACCUCAACUUUAUGGAGGUAGUGAUAUUACAUUUCAUACAUUAGCUGGUCAAGGUGAACUUGCACCUGAACAUAUACACCCAAAUGCUGUAGACACACCUGAUGAAAAAGGUUUAACUGGUCUUAUGUGGGCUGCGGGAUAUGGCCAACUGGGUAGUGCAAGACAAUUACUUAAAGCUGGUGCUAAUAAAAAUUAUCGUGGUCUUAAUGGAGAAACACCUUUACAUUUGGCAGCUGCUUAUGGACACCAUGAUCUUGUAAAAUUGUUAUUAAACCAUGGUGCAGAUUCCAAUACAAGUGAUGAGGAAGGUAAUACACCUUUAAUAUAUGGAGCACAUGGGGAUCAUCCACAUGUAUGUUAUGAACUGUUAUCUAGAGGAGCUGAUAUUACACGUCGUAAUAUGUACAAUAUAAGUGCUUAUCAUGCAGCAGUUUUAAAUAAUUCAUUAACUGCCAAAGCAGUUAUUGAAAAUUAUUUAAUACAACAAGUGGUAAAUAUACCACCUGAUAUAUUGCAGUAA